CCUCGGAUGGGCCGGGGUUUCGGGGGGCCACAUACAGCUGACCCUUGGCCAACUCUGCCCAGCGGGGCCACCUGAAGACUCACUUCUAGGGAGGGCCCCACGAGGCUCCCGGGGGCCGCCGUGGCCUCUUUCUUGUGGGUGCAACGAUGCUCAUCGUGGCCGGCCUGUGCCCCCCGGGGCCCUCGGGACCCCCGCCGCCCCUGCUGCCCAAGCCAGGCAAGGACAACCUUCGUCUGCAGAAACUUCUGAGGAAGGCUGCCCGGAAGAAGAUGACCGGGGGCGGGGCCCCCGUGCCACUGGGGGCUUUCCGCACUUCCCUGUCCCCCGUGAGUGAGGCCAGCCACGACCAGGAGCCAACGGCCCCGCGCCCCGUGGAGGGCCCGCGCUCCGUGCCCGCCCUGCCCCGCUCCCCCCACCCCUCCAUCAUCCAGCACGUGGCAUCGCCUCUGCAGAAGUCCACAGCCCCCUUCAGCUUCACUCAGCACAGGAGCCUGGCUGCCCACUUCAAGGCCACGGGGCUCCGGCUCACGACACCGGCCCAGCACCCCACCCGGUCCCCCAGCGGCUUCACGCAGGUCUCGGCCCCCACAGCAGGGGCCACCCACGUCAGCCAGGUACACAUCCGGCUCGUGCCGUCCCCACAGGCCAGGACCCCGGAGCCCUGCCAGACGGCCCCAGAUGGGGGGCCUGGUGGGCAGGACAAGAACACGGUCCCGUACCCUCCUGGGACCCAGCCCCCGGCCCCCGCGGCCCACAUCUGCCCUCUGCCCACCGAGGCCCAGACUGCCGGUCCUUGCCCUGAGGCCCCCCCUCCUCAGUGCCCUGGCCCUGAGGCCUUGGUGCCCAGAGAGGGUGGCACUCGGCUUGUGGUGCCCAUAGUCCCCACCUACCGCUCACCAGGACCCUCGCCUCACAGGCCGGCCUCAGCUGAGCCCGUGGAGAAGCCCCCUGUGGCUGGCCUUGCCGCGGAGGCCGAGGCGGUCUCCAGUCCCCGGGGGGCCUCGUCCCCGGCCCCGCCCUCAGGCCCGCACCCAUACCCUGUCCCCAAAGUUGCACCGAGGCCCCGGCUGAGCGGCUGGACGCGCCUCAAGAAGCAGCUGAUGGAGGAGGCGGAAACAUCCCCGUGCCCGGGGCCAGAGCAGAGCCCAGAGGGCGGGGGGCAAGAGGUGACAGCCCCCGCCCUCCCAGCGUCCCGGCCCCCAGCCUCCCGGGCCUCCAGGAUGUGGGACGCGGUGCUGUAUCGCAUGUCAGUGGCCAAGUCCCAAGGCAGCCCGGCUGGGCCCAGGGAUGGGGCUUGUACCCUGGCCGGCCUGGGCCGCCUGCCCUUCCUGUGCAGGCCGCGAUUCAAUGCCCGGAAGCUGCAGGAGGCAGCCGCCCGGCCGCCUCCUACAGUCCACUGCGUCGUGGACCUGAACCCCAAGCCCAAGAACUUCAACCGGACGGCAGCUGGCUGGAGGCUCCAGUGACCGGUCAGGGCGGCACCGGGGCCCAGGACCGUGGUGUGGACAGAAGAGGGACAGGGGGUCCAGCUGGGGAGCCACGGCCACUGCAGAGGGCGCCAGGGCCGGCCGGACACCGGGCAGCCGGGAGGUGCGGGACGGACAGGCUGCAGCAGGAAGGACUGUGGCGGGGUGCGGCAGGGGCAGGUGGGGUCGGGGAGGAGGCCGGUCUCCACGGCAUGGACUGGGGCAGAGAAGCGGUCUGCACUGGGUUAGAAUAUAUAUGGGGGCUAACGGGGUAAAAUCACGCGCAAGAAGGAAGGAACACGGCUCAGUGAUGAGGCAGCAGGUAGAUGAGUCGGCCCCGCACAGCAGGGCCCAUGGCUCGGGACUCGGGGCAAGGAGGUGCAGGGGGGUGCCUGGGCUCCUGAGGGGCUGCGGGCCGGCAGGGCAGGGAGGAUGCUGGGGUUGGGUUCUGUGGUCCCCCCGCCCCUCCGGGAAAGAUGGGGGACAGAUUUAUGUUUGCUGUGCAGAGCGGGGCUGGCCAGGGCGACUCAGUUGUGCGUGGGCACCAGAGGCUGCAUCAGCAGUUGGACUGUCGUUCCUGACACAUGUGGGGGGUGGGGGGAGGCCAGACCCCAGGCUCAGCUCCUUUUGUUGCCCGCCUCUGAUUCCCCCGCCCGGGGGGCAAGGUGUGAGGGGGGCUCGCUGGCGGGAGAUGGGGGCGGGGCCCAGCUUCGAUGGCUGGGUAAGGACAGGUGUCCUUGGUCCCGGGGCAGGGGAGGCAGCAGAGGGGACCCCAGGCCUCAUGCGGCUUCGGGGCCCCCACGUCUGCAGUCCCCACUGACUCGAGACAGGGGCCAGGGCUCUGAUGGGGUCAGCAGUGAUGGCAGAGGGACACGGAGGUGCCUGGGUACAGGACUCAGGGGGGAAGAGACAGCCAGUAGGCGGCCAGCUGCAUCACGCAGGGCAUAAUGGGUGCUGUAAACGGAUCCUGGGACCCAGGCCACUAAUAAAGUGUGUCUAACCACGGCA